AUGUGUGGCUGUGUCCCAGUAAAUGAGGAGGAUGUGACCAUUGUACGGCUAAAGUCCAAGCCAUGCAAGAGGAAGCCAGAACACAGCAAGUCAUUGUUCAAGGAGAGGAUGGUUCAGAAGGUGGAAGCAUUGCAUAACUGUAUAUGGCCUAAGUCUCAAUUACUGUCAGGAAAACCUUCGCCACCAUUGUCAACUGAGGAGCCACUUACUUCUCAAGCCAAUGACCUCAGUGAUGAGGAUGCUGAGGGAGAACCCAAUGAUAGUGACAAUGUUAUACUUGGUGAUGCCCGUAUUCCUUGUGAGUCUGCAUUGGCGAGUGAUGGUUGGUUGGUUGAGGAAGAAGAAGAGGAAGACAAGAACAAUAAAAACACUGAGGAUGCUGAGGAAGCUGAUGCUCAGCUAACCAAGAUCAAUAUUGCUGAUCAACAGCUAUGGUGGUACAUGCACUCAGUGAGCAAGCAUUAUGUUCCUGCCAGCUCUGACAAUGAUAUGUCAUCGCAGGGUGAUAGUGGCUCUAAGGAUGCGUAUGAGUCCAAGGAGGCAUCUGACGUGGAUGGCUUGUCUGUCAAAGAUGCAUCUACCUCAACACUAAGGAAGCUUACACACAUUACUUCUGUGCCCUCUUGCAAAGCCACCACCGUCCCCAAUGCCAUCACUCCCCCUGCCACCCUGCCUCCACCAUACUCUCAGGCUAUUGCAAAGGCCAAGGACAAGUCAAAGGCCUUCAAGGGAACCAGCAAGAUGGGUCAGUGGUCAAAAACUGAGUUGGAGGAGGUGGUCAAGUUCAAGCAAGAGUGGGAAACAGCUCUUGACAAACUUGUUGCUGUCACUGGUUGCUCUCGCCCAUCACUUGCCACAGCACUGGGCCUGACCUUCUCAACUUAUCACAUGGAAAUUACCUCAAAGAUCCUUUUCCCAUUGCCCAGAAGGCAUGUUCCGCUGACUUCUGGGAUCAUACACCAAUUCCACGUCCAUAAAAAUGCCAACCUUGCUCUCAACCUGAAGCAUGAGGUCUGGACUCCUAUCCUCAAGCAUUGGGACCAACUCUGUGACCCUCAAAAUACGUCCGUCAAUCAGCACAUGGCUGUGAUGAACCAGUGUAUCACCCAGUUUAUGGAGGCUGCUGAACUCUACUACAACUGUAUGGCUUGGAGUGGAUGUGACGUGGUUGAUGAACUUAUUGAGGCUGGUGACACAAACAUGAAGGGUUACAUCCAAUACAUGGAGAAUCUCAUCUUUGUGAAGCUCUUUGGUUUUGAAAUACACUUUCCCAAUCCCAAGCCAAUGCCAAAUCAGCAGCUCAGCACUGAGGAAAAGCUGAAGAAGGCACAUGUGACUGGAUUUGUUGCAUUGCUGCCAUCCACCAAAACCAAGUUCAAUGUGCUGUUUUGCAAGCCAGGUGAUAAGAAGUCUCAAGGCCAAUCCAAGUUUACCUGGAGCGGUUAUCUGGAGGUCUUGUACCAGAAUUGUCUCAAGAUUGUGGAUUGGCUGCCAAGAAUCCCUCUCCCUGGUAAGUACACCCCAGGGGAGUACAACAUUGCUGAGCUCCUCUCCGUUGUUAGUCUGUGGAUGAUGCAACUGUAUGAGAACUGGGCCAAGGAAGAGGGCAAGGAGGAGAGUGAAUAUGAUGGUCCUCCAUGUGCCUUGGAGACGGCUAUGAAGGUUGUUCAUAUGGAUGAUGCUGGUUGCUUAUUCCUUGUAACGGAGUGCCACGCAAUCAGCCGCAACAAGGAUGGUAAAAUUUCUCUUGUAGUUGGUCAAGACAGUCACAUCAAAAUAUGGGCCAAGGCUGGUAUUUCCCGCCUGGAGUCUUGA